AAUGUGAAAAAUAAAAAACGUCACAUUGCAAAAUGGCGUUCCGUUUCGGAUUGGUGAUUUUGGCUACAAUCGCUGCUGCGUCAGCUUUGCCCGCGGGCCUUGACCCCGUGAUCGCCAAGCUGGACCCAGAGGGUCUUCGUUACGGCUACAUUCGUGAUGAUGAUGGAGUCCCCCACCUGGUCGACAGCUGGAUCAAGGCCAGUGACCUUGCGAGGAACGCGAGAUACAACCCCGAUACUGAUAAUGAAUAUCAUUUGUACACUAGGUCGAACCCCCUGAUCAGCCAGCCCAUCGUCGAGGGUAACGCCCAGUCCCUGGCCUCCAGUAACUUCAGCCCGAACAAGAGGACCAUUAUCCUCAUCCACGGUUUCCUUGGAGACAUCCUCAGUGGAUUCAACUCUGUUCUCGUUCCUGCUUUCUUACUGGCUGGUGAUGUGAACGUCAUCGUCGUAGACUGGGGAGCAGGCGCCCACUGGGGUCUGAACGGAAUCAGCUCUGGACGUACCGUCGGCCGUUUCAUUCAAUGGAUCAACACCCAAACUGGCGCCAGCCUGAACAACUACCACGUGCUUGGAUACAGUGUGGGUGCCCACCAAGCUGGUAUCGUCGGCAGGACUCUGCUGGGACAAGUUGGAUACAUUACCGCUAUGGACCCCGCUGCCCGUUGGCUGAACAGCCAAGCUAUCCAGGCCUCUGACGCCGUCUACACUGAGGUUAUUCACACCAACAUCGGCAACAUUGGUAUGGAGCAGCCCCGAGGUGAUGUUGAUAUCUACCCCAACGGUGGAGUCAACAUGCCUGGAUGUGCUACUGCUCUUUGCGACCAUUACAGGUCUUACUUCUACGUCGGAGAGUCAGUAGCAACUGGAGGCUUCACCGCUACCCAGUGCAACAACCUUGACGAGGCCAAGGCCCAGACCUGCUCCGGUCCCGACACCAUCAGAAUGGGAGGACUCCUGCCCAAGACUGGAACCAAGGGUAUCUACUCGCUAUCCACCAACGCUUCCCCGCCUUUCUCCCAGGGUUAAGACCUCAAGAAUCAACAGUGCCUAAACAAA